UUUUAUCAGAUAUGUUAAAUCCCACUGUGAUAUAUUGAUUACUUUCGCGCAUUAACACACACACUAUGUAAUAACGAUCAUAAACGAAGGGGCGCGUUUAUAUGUAGAUGUCAGCUCAUUGGUGUGUUAUUGGUCCUCUGAUUCAUUUUCUUUGUCUAAACUUCUCUGUUCACAUACCUCUUCGUCUACGGAAAGGAUAGACUACUUUGUGGGCUCCAUCGGAAUUUUCCACUAUAAUAUGGACGUGAAAGAGUUGGUACAAGAUGUUUAGGAACAAUAAUACCAUUACCAAAUCCUGCUGAAUUUCCUUUGGAAAAUGAACCUGUCCUUAAUUAUAAAAAAGGUAGCCUUGAGAGGGCAGAAUUGGAAAGAGCUUUGGAUAAAAUGGCCAGUGAUUGUGAGGAAGUACCCCUGGUUAUUGGAAAUGAAGAAAUUAAAACAGAUUUAUGUAGAUAUCAAGUUAUGCCACAUAAUCAUAAAGCAAAGGUUGCAAAAUAUUAUUGGGCAACACCUGAUCUAGUCAAAAAGGCAAUAGAUGUUGCUGUGAAGGCUCAGCGCGAAUGGGAAAAAUGUCCAUUUGAACAGCGUUUAGAAAUCUGGUUGAGGGCAGCUGAUUUGAUGGCAACAAAAUACAGACAGCAAUUAAAUGCUGCUACAAUGCUCGGACAGAGCAAAUCUGUUAUUCAAGCAGAAAUUGAUAGUGCAGCAGAAUUAAUUGAUUUUUUUAGAAUGCAUGCAUAUUUUGCCAAAGAGGCUUUAAAAUAUCAACCAAUUUCAACCAAUUCUAAAGUAACAUUAAAUUCAAUGAGAUAUAGAGGAAUGGAUGGUUUUGUUGCAGCAGUAUCACCAUUCAACUUUACUGCCAUUGGUGGUAAUCUUAGCUAUACACCUGCUUUAAUGGGUAAUGCAGUACUCUGGAAGCCAUCUGAUACAGCUGUACUUUCUAACUGGUGGAUUUUUAAGAUAUGUAAAGAAGCUGGUGUACCACCAGGUGUAGUCAAUUUUGUUCCAUGUGAAGGACCCGUUUUUGGUGACACUAUAACUGCUUCACCUUAUCUAUCCGGGAUUAAUUUUACCGGAUCAGUUCCCACGUUUAAUCGUUUGUGGGUGCAAACUGGUGAAAAUCUGGGAAAGUAUAGGAACUACCCCAAAUUAGUAGGCGAAUGUGGCGGAAAAAAUUAUCAUUUCGUACACGCGAGUGCUGAUGUAGAGUCAGUUAUUAAUGGGACCAUACGAAGCGCUUUCGAAUUUAAUGGUCAAAAAUGUUCAGCUUGCAGUAGAAUGUAUGUUCCAGAAUCAUUGUGGCCAAAGAUCAAGGAAGGCCUUUUAUCGCUUCGUGACGCACUUAAGAUUGGCGACGUCAGAGAUUUUACCGUGUUCACCGGAGCCGUUAUAGAUGCUACUGCAUUUAAAAGAAUUUCUGGUUACAUCAAACAUGCCAAAAAUUCGCCUAAUUUAGAAAUUAUCGGCGGUGGGAAAUACAAUGAUUCGGUUGGAUACUUCAUUGUCCCGACAAUAGUAGAAACAAAAGACCCUACAGAUAAGAUAAUAACAGAGGAAAUAUUUGGCCCUGUAUUAACAAUAUACGUUUAUAAAGAUUCAAACCUCGAUGAAACGAUGAAAUUGGUAGAAUCCUCGACACCUUAUGCUUUAACUGGAUCGAUAUUCUCGCAAGACGAAAAAUGGGCGAGAAGAGCUCUCGAAGAAUUUAAAUAUACAGCUGGCAAUUUCUAUGUUAAUGAUAAAUCGACAGGCUCGGUCGUUGGUCAGCAACCGUUCGGUGGUAGUAGAAUGUCUGGAACAAAUGAUAAGGCUGGCGGACCUCAUUACGUUCUUCGUUGGGCAUCGCCACAGUCAAUCAAAGAAACAUUUGUUCCUUUGCGUGAAUACGAUUAUCCAUAUAUGAGGUCUUAGAUGUAAGUAUUACUAACAGCAGUUAUAACGUGAAGAUACAUAUACUGAUGCGACAGCAUCUUAUAUUACAAAUUGAAAAAGAGCAGAUUUUCGGGUUGUUCGAUAAGAAAUAAUGAAAUAUCUUCCUGCAUUUCUCUAUGUGAAUUCAUGAAAUUUGCGUAUAAGGCGCUAUUUGCACUCACAAUGCAAGUGACAUGGGCUUUGUAGGAAUUUAUACUAUAAAGCAAACUGCUUAAACACAAAGUAAUUCACGAUAAAGAUAGUCGACUUUAAAAAAAAGAUUCAAGUAUUCAGUGGUUGUUAAUACAUUUACCAAUUGAACAGUAUUUUUUUGUUUUUAAUAAAUGUGUUUAUCGAUUUGAUGUUACAUAGCGUACAAGGAAGACGAACAUAUGAAUAAGUACAUAUUUCUAAACUACUUACAAAGUAGUCUCGACAUAAGCAACAUAAACGCAAGUCCACCUUAAUACAUAUUUGCUGCCAAUAGAUAACACUAAUGUUCUGCAAGUUGCAGCGUGUAGAGUCUAUAUUAUUAAGAUCAAAUGUUUUAGUACAAUAAUAUUUUAAUAUCUCAGGAAUUACUAUAUGUGGUUGCAAACAAAGAGGCAUUUUUUUUGGUCUUACAUUACAGUGAUACAAGAAAUUUUAUAACAAUAUUAUUCAAGUAUGGUGAUCGAGAUAAAUAACAUCUGACGGUGUGUUUGAAGAUUGUGAUGAAUGCGUACUAGUUAGAAAACCAUCUGCUGUGUUUUUCUGACCUUACUUUUUUAUAUUCUUAUAUAGAUCAUUUACAAUGGUUGAUAUUACAUUAUAAACGCGCAGCAAAGAAAACAUUCAUUUUACUGUGUAACUUACAAGACAAUAUGUAGACGCGGGACGAACACAGUAAAAUGCAAAAGUUACCCUUAAAUCCUUACAUUGUGUUGUAAAGCCUGAUCGUCGAUCGUUUAGGCAUGUUAUUGUUAAUAGUGUGAUUGAGAUAAAGUAUCUUGCAAAUCGAACAAUUAUUAAUUAUUAUUAAUUAAAUAUACAAUAAUAUGUUAGAUAUUGUGGCUGAUGUUACGAUGUAAUUUAAUUUAAGUGUACCAUAGCAAUAAAAACACUAUAUAAUUAGAUA